CCACCCCACCCAACCCCUCAGCUAAAAUAAUCUUCUGUAACUGUAACUACUCCUACCCUGCACGCCACCAAGCCGUUGGUAUUAGGCUCUGAAAAAGCAUGCAAAUCCCCUUUCGGUCUUCUUCUUCCUCUGGCUGAAUUUGCUUCUCUUAACUCUUUUGCUCUCUUUUGCCUCCACCAUCACAGAUUGGCUUGUCUGAAUUUGGAGUGGGGGGCAGAAAGGGAAGAUGGCAACCAUAACAAAUGUGACCGAGUAUCAGGCGAUUGCAAAGCAAAAGCUGCCUAAAAUGGUGUACGAUUACUACGCAUCUGGUGCUGAAGAUGAAUGGAGUCUUUCAGAGAACAGAAAUGCCUUCACCCGAAUCCUGUUUCGACCGAGGAUUCUGAUUGAUGUGAGCAAGAUCGAUAUGACGACCACUGUGCUGGGAUUCAAGAUAUCUAUGCCUAUCAUGAUUGCCCCUACUGCCAUGCAGAAAAUGGCUCACCCUGAAGGGGAGUACGCAACUGCUAGAGCUGCAUCAGCUGCUGGAACUAUCAUGGUUUGUUGUUGUAUUCACUUCUCAGCCACCACUUUUCUAUCCAAAAACUCUGCUUUUUUUUAUCGAGAUAGAUGGCUGACACCAUGAGUUCACGCAUGUGAAAUUAUGACGCAUAUAUAUCCUGCUUGGUAAAACAUCCAUUGAAGAUGUUUGUGAAAUUUUGAUGUUUUCGUGGUCAAUCUUUUAAAUGAAUGGAUAUUGAGUGCCUGCAUAGUACUAAUAGGGAAUUAAGCAGCAAAACGAGAUCUGUAAAAGUAAAUCAUUUCAAUGGAUAGUUCAAGUUUCAAGAUAUCAAACUUCAUGCCCUAAAUUUUUAGGUUUAAAAUAAAUUCUUUUUUUUUUUUUGGUAAGAUAAAAUAAAUUCUUUAAUAACUACCAUUUAAAUUAGAAACACGAAUCAUGUCACAUCAAUUUAUCGCAUAUCCAUAAUAUCGGUAACCUCGAAUGUACUUCCUACAAAAAUAUGCGAAAAAUUAGUUUAUUGUAAGUCAGUAAGUGUAAAUAAAAACAAAAUUCUAAUUUUAAAUAUAAAUAUAAAAAAAAAACCCUCGAUGGGCCUGCAGACGCUGUCGUCAUGGGCUACUUCAAGUGUGGAAGAGGUGGCUUCAACUGGGCCUGGUAUCCGCUUCUUCCAGCUUUACGUCUACAAGGAUAGGAAUGUUGUUGCUCAGCUGGUGAGGAGAGCUGAAAGGGCUGGCUUCAAGGCCAUUGCUCUUACCGUUGACACCCCAAGGCUGGGCCGCAGGGAAGCUGAUAUCAAGAACAGGUUCACACUGCCACCUUUCUUGACACUCAAGAACUUUGAAGGCCUGGACCUUGGCAAGAUGGACGAGGUAAUUAGCAACUGAUCUCAUUAAUCUUGAUCUUUCACCUAAACGCAUCUAGCUAGUAAGUCAUUAUUAAUCAUGUUAAUUCGGUCUUUGCAGGCCAAUGACUCUGGACUUGCUUCCUAUGUUGCUGGUCAGAUUGAUCGCUCCCUCAGCUGGAAGGAUGUGCAAUGGCUUCAAACAAUCACCUCACUGCCAAUUCUGGUCAAGGGUGUCCUCACAGCUGAGGAUGCCAGGAUAGCAGUUCAAGUUGGAGCAGCAGGAAUCAUUGUGUCCAACCAUGGUGCUCGUCAACUUGAUUAUGUCCCUGCUACCAUUAGGGCACUUGAGGAGGUAUGUGCUUGUACAUUUAACCAAGUAAUUUCGUACUUCACUUGGCAUAAACAUAACAAUACUAUGCAUCUGUGAGCUCUCACAUACACUUAUGAUGGGUGAUGUAACAUUCUAGCCAAAUAAUGUGAAGCAAUUCCAAUGACUGCAAUUGAUGAACACAUACUGUACAACCAAUGCGCAUUCAGGUGGUGAAGGGUGCACAAGGGCGAGUCCCGGUGUUCUUGGAUGGUGGUGUGAGACGCGGGACAGAUGUGUUCAAGGCAUUGGCACUUGGAGCCUCUGGCAUAUUUAUUGGACGACCGGUGGUGUUCUCAUUGGCUGCCGAGGGAGAGGCUGGAGUGAGGAACGUCCUUCAAAUGUUACGCGACGAGUUUGAGCUGACAAUGGCGCUCAGCGGCUGCCGUAAUCUGGGCGAAAUCACAAGAGCCCACAUCUUCACUGAUUGGGAUGCUUCUCCCAGCCACCCUACGGCCAAGCUUUAAAGGCACCCAAGAUGCUCUAAGCCAACCACUGGUUUCUUAAUUUUCCUUUCCCAUUUUCAUGGAUCCAUGAACAGAGACUCGUUUCCUUGCACUUUGGGUUUACUUACAGACAUGUGUAUCCUUAAUUCCUUUGGAGACUUUGAUAUAUCGACCUCCUCCUCCCCAUGUGUUCCUUGGUUAUAAACGGUUCAAACUCUAUAUAUGCCUGGUUCUAAUCAUUAAUCAAUGCCUACCCUGGCUUCCACUUUGUAUAUCUCAUGUGCCGAAGUGUAUGUAUUCUGUUCUUUCUAACUCACUAGUUCCCACUCCGUCCUUCAUCGUCCCGCCGUCGCUGGGAGGGGGAAACAGAGCCUAUGUAUUUGCUUUCAAGCAAAACGGUAGUGUUUGAUAUUAUUGUUUGUACUUUUGACUUCUUGAACAACGAAACUAAAAUGCUCCAC